UGCCAUUGCCAUUGCCCAACAACCUGAGGUAUCUUGGGGUGGGUGUCUGGGACUAAGGGUGAUUUUCUACGCCCAGAUUCGUAUGACCAGGGCAAUCCAAAUCCUAAUCCACACCCAUUCCCUAACACGAGGCUGAGGUUCGCCGAAACCCUAAUCCGGUAAUCCCCUCCGGCACCGGAUUCCCAUUCCCGAUCCUACCUCUCCGCGCCGCUCAACGCCGCCGCCGCCGUCCCCCGGCCUUGACCUCCGCCGCUCGUGGGGGAUGAAUCAUAGUGCAAGCUCCAGAAUUGUCCGCGGCAGAGGAAGAAAUAAAAGGAAGUGGACAGCAGAUGAAGACGAAGAGCUUGUAAAAGCCUUGUGCGAGGUAUCUGCUGAUCCUAGAUAUAAGGUUGAAGGAGGGGGCUUUAAGAACUGUUACUCCCAAGGCAUAGAGAGCAUUCUUUCACAAAAGCUACCUGGCCGUGGUAUUAAAGCCAGCCCUCAUGUUGAUUCUCGGUUGAAAGUGAUGAAGCGGAAGUAUUAUGCAAUCAAGGAUAUGCUAGCAUCGCCAGACUUCUCUUGGGACGACACAAGAAAGAUGAUCCAAUGUGAAAAACAACGAUACGAUGAAUAUUGCAAAGAUCAUCCUAGAGCCAAGGGUCUGUAUGGUGUCCCAUUUGCAUAUUUUGAUACAUUUGACGCCAUAUACGACAAGGACAGAUCCACUAGAGAUGGGUUGGAAGGGUCUGAAGAAGCAAUUGCUGACAUGGAGAAUGAAAAUACAAAUGAAGUUGGAGAUGAGGAAGUGGAGGAGGAUAGGAUGUCCACAGGACCAUCUGGUCGCUCCUUGGCUGCAACAUUAAGCUCUAAGAAUCAGAAGAAAUACAAGCAUGAUGGGAAAAGGAAUAGGACUGAAUCAAACUGCCCUUCUCUGGACAUGUUCAAGGAUGUACAUGGUCACUUUCAGAGUGCCAUUCAGCAUGUCAGCACGAUGGCGGCAGCAAUGGAGCUGUUCAAGGAUGUACAUAAUCACUUUCAAAGUGUUGUUGAGCAUGCUGGUGCAAUGGCAGCAGCUAUGGAGCUGUUCAAGGAUGCACAUGAUCACUUUCAGAGUGUUGUUCAGCAUGUCAGCACCACGACAGCUGCAAUGGAGCGGUUCAAGGAUGCACUUGAUCAUUUCCAGAGUAUCACUCAGCAUGACAGGGUGAUGGCAGCAGUUAUGGGGUGUGAUACUGAUAUGCAAGAGAAGUCAAUGUGUGAAGAGCCCCAAAGGAAGGCUAAAGUAACAGCCAUUGCUGAAGUACAAAAGCUUGGCUUUACUGGAAGUGAAGUGGUCACUGCCGCAAGCAUUUUCGCAAAGGAACCAAACCAAAUGGACAUGUUUUUAGCACUCCCAGAAAUCUAUAAGAGGGAUUACAUACUCCAGAUGCUCAACGGUGGACAACCUAUCCAUUUUUCAGUUGGUUAGUCUGUAUUCUUGAAAACAAGUUGGAUUGAGAUUUGUAAACGGUUAUUAUGUGACAUGUGUUUUCAAUUUCUGAUGUGGUCUGUUAGCCUGUUCCAAGUAAAGCGGAUUGUGUCCGGGCACUAUGACUUCUAAUCUCUAUCGCGGCCGUUUGGUGUA